AGGCCGAAACCCCUCAUUCCCUAGUGUGUUUGCUAUUCUUAACAAACAUAAGAACACGACCGACUUGAAAAUGAUGUCGAAAAGUCGUUCGGUAUCUAUGCUGCUGCUGAUGUUUAUCAUUCUGGUGACAAAUGACCUCGGUUCCUCGGAGGAAGACAUUCAAGAGCUGGACCUUCCUCAAGAGGAUGGAAGUUAUGCUAGGUUGGAGGAUCCUUACCCCGAUCCGGACAUUGUCAAUGAAGAUCCAAGGCAUCGAAGAAGUCGAAGAUGUGGACCAGACGUAACAUCCUGGCUUAUUAGGCAAAUGAACCGAAAUAAAAACAACAGAGCCAUCAGAAGUUGCCGUAGCUGGUACAACACUCUUCUCUGGCCCAGGUGUCUAAUUCAGUUCGCCAACCUGGUCGCUAACUGCAAGCCCUGGGAUUACAAAUGCACGCAGACAUUCAGACGAGGAUCAUGUCCCUAUCGCUGCCCAAAAACUGUGACCUUGUGUGGACGAUGCGUGAAUUACGAUGUACCAGGGAACAUCCACUACGGCUACGUCGGCCGCGCUGCCAGCAUUCGACGCUGGGUGCUGCUGUUUGCUGCUAACACCGUACAAAAGGGUGGCAUCGACGACGCCAGGGACCAGGUUGCCAUCAGAAUUGGAAUGGACCGGUAUGAUAAUCCGAGUAAAAGAGCAAACUUUUGCCGAGAUGUAUUGAGCAAGAUCGGUUCUUUAAAUCGUGAUGGAACCUCAGGUUGUCAAAGAUGUUCUACGAGAUACUAACAAGCUCAGUGGAGCCAUACGUUUACAAAAAACAAAACAAAACAAAACAAAACAAAAAAACCCAUGUGACAUGAAACGCAAGUGAUGGGAACAGUAUGACAAAACAAUGUAGCACGACUUCAGGAAAACGAGAAAUAACUUUAGAGAGUAAUUAUUAAGGUUUUAAAGUGGUCUCGUCAUUCAUUAAACUCUUUUUUUUUUUUGGUGUAGCUUCUAUAGUGAAUAGAGUAAAUCCAGAUUAAAUUUUCAAGUAACACUAACCAUGAAGAAGUGAAGAAAACGACAAAGAAAGGUGACGGUCAAUUAAUCGUUUUUAACAUUUAUGCAAAACUUGCAGGUUUGCUUGUUUAUAGAGAGAAAAAUAGACUAAAACUGUCC